AGGAAGGAAGGAAGGAGCGUGCAUGUGCGUGCUUGCUGGCUUGCGCGCAAAGGAGACUGUGCAGAGCAGCCUCCGUCUUGCUCCUUCUUCCGGGCUCAAACGAGGGUCCUGACGUCUCCAGGCUGUUGGGGAGCGGCACACCCACAGACCCAGGAGGCGGGGGGUGCAGAGAAAGAAACAUCCAGGAGGGAGCGACCCCCAACAGCAGCAGCAGCAGCAGAAACGUCCCGAGCCGCCCGCAGUGUGCGUUUUGCGUCGCUAGUUUGCAACUACGGGGGUUGACCAUUGCAGUUGCGCCCCCUCUCCAAUGCCGGAGGAGCGCUGGCCUUUUCUUGCUUUGCCUUUUUUUAUUGGAUUGCAAACCGACGCUUGCUCGGGGGGGGGGGGGUUGCUUCCCGUUCGCUCCGCUUUCCCUCCUCUCUUCCUUCUUCCUCCUCCUCCUCCUUGCAAGGUCCCGGCUGCAAGAGCCGCGGCAGAAGACCCUGACGUGAAGGGGACAUUGAGGGGAGGGGAGGGGGGAGAAGCAGGCGCCGAUCAUCCCUCCCCAACUCCGCCACAAGACAACUUCGAGAACUGGAAUAACGCGACUGGGAUAAGCGGCAAAGCCUGAUCUCCACCAGCCAUGGAAACGAGUCAGGACUCUUCUCUGUUCCUUGUGAACAUUUUGGAGGAGCUGGAUACCAAACAAAACUCUGUCUCCUACCAGGAUCUCUGCAAAUCGCUAUGUGCUAGGUUUGAUCUGUCCCAGUUGGCCAAGCUGCGGAGUGUGCUUUUCUACACUGCCUGCCUAGACCCUAAUUUCCCUGCCACCUUGUUCAAGGACAAAAUGAGGUGCAGCGUGAACAACCAGCAGUCGAAGAAGAUCAUGGUUGCGGCAGACAUCGUGACGAUAUUCAACCUCAUACAGAUGAACGGUGGGGUGGCCAAGGAGAAGCUUCCUGUUUCACGAGGAAAGAUGGGGAAGAAAGAGUCUCUGGAGUCCUGCCGAUCGGACACAGAAGUGUGCAAUAUGGUGGACUGCGUGCUCAACUGCGAGCUGAGGGGUGGAGAAUUUAACAGGGGGUAUUCGAACAGGAGGUCGUCCAAAUGCAGGAAAGGGGAUUGCAAGGACUGCCCGCAGUUCGUACCUGCUUCCGAGCCCAACUUUCUGCUUGGGGUCAAUAAGGAGAUGAAAGGGCGAGCGGCUUCCCUCGACCGACUGCAGGCCUUGGCGUCCUACACCAUUGCCAGCUCUCCCCCCUGCGAGAUGCAGAGCACAUAUUUCCCCAUGAACCUCGAAACCGAGUCUAUAUCUGACCAGGACUCCUUGCCCAUCAGCGGGAGCAUCAAGGAGGCGUUCAUUUCGAACGACGAGCCGUUUGUGAUGCAGUCGUGCGUGCAGAAGCGGAACAUCUUCAAGGAGGACUUCCACAACCUCAUAACCAUUUCGCCCAGCUUAAUGUCGCCCACUAGCAAAGCAGAGGACGAGCUCGUCGAACCUCCGGGCAGGAAAGAGACCUCCAAGCAGGCGUUUUUCAACCAUAGCUUUGAGAUGCCCUACAGCAGUCAGUACUUGAACCCGAUUUAUUCGCCUGUGCCUGAUAAAAGGAGAGUCAAGCAUGAAAGCUUAGACGAUCUCCAGGCUUCUACUUACUUCGGCCCGACAACCGUUCUCGGACCACAAGAAACCAAACGGUGGCUGGGGAAGCCGAGCAAACAAACCCCGUGGCCAGUCAAAAGCUGGAGUUUGAACACCGAAGAAGUACCUGAUUUUGAAAGGUCCUUUUUCAACAGGAAACAGUCCGAAGAGAAUCCACGGUACCAGGGUUCAAACAGCCAGCCUUCCAAUUUCCCAGCCACAGAGAGGCGCCAGCCUUAUCUCAACCCCAAGGAUCAGCAGUCAAUGAUGCAGUCUGGCUACGCCAUGAAACCGAACGGGCAUAAACCCAAAGACAUCCCCUCCAUCUUGGAAGUGGAGAAGCACGAGCCCAUGAAGAAGUUUAAAGACAAGAGUAUUAACUGCACCUCCAUCCAGCUUCUGAGCAUUGACAAAACGAACAGUGUGGGGACGCAGACAGACCAACAAGGGCUGGAACACAAGAAGUGCAAAGAGAUGGUCCACCCCAGUCAGAAUAAAUACGGAGAGAGACAUUCUCUUAAGCAGUCCGACGACGACUCUGAAAUUGUCAGCGACGACAUCAGCGAUAUCUUCAGGUUUCUGGAUGACAUGAGCAUCUGUGGGUCUACCGGGGUGAUGCAGUCGUCGUGUUACAACAGCACCGGCUCGCUUUCUCAGAUACACAAAUCGGACUGCGAAAGCUCCCCUGAACACCACUUGGCUAAAAUCUCCAACGGCAAUGCCGGCAACAAGCUGGAAAAAGUCUCGCGCCUGGAGAUCAGCGGCACAGACGACGAGCUGAAAACCAGCGUCUGCAAACUGGUUCUAAGGAUUGGGGAAAUUGAAAAGAAACUGGAGUCUCUCUCCAGCGUCAGGGAUGAAAUUUCCCAAGUCCUGGGAAAGCUGAACAAGUUGGAUCAAAAGAUUCAGCAGCCAGAGAAAGUGAGCGUCCAACUGGAUCUCAAUUCCUUGACCAGUGAGGUUCAGUCUGAAGAAAGUACCUCGCCCAGGAUCUUUUCGUGCCAUAAUUCUUCGCACGGAGGCAAACUGGAGAAUAAUCCGGACUGGUGUUGUUCGGAUGCCAGUGGCAGCAAUAGCGAAAGCCUCCGGGUCAAAGCCUUAAAAAAAAGCUUGUUCACCAGGAGGUCUUCGAGGUCACUGACAGAGGAAAACAGUGCCACAGAAUCCAAGAUAGCUAGUAUAUCUAACUCCCCUAGAGACUGGCGAGCUAUCACAUAUACGAACCAAGCUGGCAUUACGGAGGAAGAUAUGAAAGACAGGGGUGGAGGCGAGAACAAAGACUGGCACAGAAAAUCCAAAGAGGCAGAUAGGCAAUAUGAAACCCCCCACGCCCCAAGGCACUCCAAGCAACCCAAAGAUGGCUUCUUGAUUGAGCAAGUCUUCAGCCCCCACCCUUACCCGGCGUCGCUCAAGUCGCACAUGAAGACCAACCCCCUCUACACGGACAUGCGGCUGAUGGAACUGGCGGAAGUGAAGCGGGCUCAGCCGUCGUGGACCAUUGAGGAAUACACGAGGAACUCGGGCGAGAAAGGAAAGUUGGCCGCUCUGGAUCUACAAACUCAAGAAUCUUUAAACCCCAACAAUUUAGAGUACUGGAUGGAGGACAUCUAUACCCCAGGCUAUGACUCGUUACUAAAGCGCAAAGAAGCUGAAUUCAGAAGAGCAAAAGUUUGCAAAAUAGCUGCCCUGAUUGCAGCCGCAGCCUGUACUGUUAUCCUUGUCAUUGUCGUUCCCAUAUGUACUAUGAAAUCGUGAAUUUGACGAUGGAUGAAUAAAUCCGCCCUGUAACAUUUGCUCCAGAUAUUCCAUUCAGUCUUUUAAAUAAUCACCUUAUGGCAAAAAUUGUAACCGUGAACUGGGAAGGAUGCGCUGAGCGAUCCCAGCGAGGGAGCAUGUAAAGACAUUUGGGGUUUGUUUGUUUUUGUUUCUGUUUUUGUGUGUUUUUUGUUUUUUUAAAAGAAGAGAGUCUUUUUAAAACAGCAAAGCACCUGGCAGAUUUAACGCUAACUAGGUUUAAAUUUUUACAUGUUAUUACAAGUGGAAUUCUUUUCCUCUCUUUUCCCCCCACCCUUUGAAGAGAAGAUAAAAUAUUUUGCAAGACUGGCUGUGGAUGAAGAAAGAGGUUCCUCUCCCUCCUCUGUACCGAGAGAGAUUUUAUACUAAAGUUAUCUAGAUUGACUGCUAACCAUCCUGUACAAAUAUGCAUCUCGUCAGACAGAUAAGAGCAGUGACACUGCACUCCAAAGUAUGAACAACCUGAAUGUAUUUUUGUGCUGGUUUUGUUACGUAUUCCUCAUUUGUCCAGUUUUGAAAGCAGAUGGGUUGCCAUGGGACGGGUGCGUUCCUACAUUUGGAAUCGAUAAGGGCUCUUUGUAACAAGGUCUUCCCCUCAGAACCUCCUUUGUUAUCACUGAGUACAUUGGUGAAGCGUCAUCUGCUAUAGACCAAAAAGAUCCAAAAGGGUUUUUUUAUUGCUUGCAUUAAUAAUCACAUUUCCAAAAAAAAAAAAAGCCCAGCAUGUGCUUCCAGCCAAAAAAGGUUGCAUUGUUGUUGUUUUACCUCCACCAAUGGCGUAAAAAUGUUGCUCUUUUGUUCCGUUCCAGUCAGGCGAAAUCCAACAAAUUCAGGAGGUGUCCAUUGUUCUGCUGCGAUGGUUGGAAUGCUUAUAACCAGAAUGGUUGUAACUUUAGAGAAGUUUGCACAGUUGCUGUUGGUUUCUUGGUGCGGAGAGGAAAGGAUCCAUGCACAGGCAACAUAAUUCCUGGUGACAGGCAUGUUGUCUGUGCAGCCCUAUCGCUUGUGCAGUCGGCGCACAUGAGAAAGGCCAUGUGCACGUGUCAGGUGUUUGCGCAUGGAGCUCCGACACAUGAGGGCUAGUCUUGGACCCAUCAGGAUCCUCCUGUGUAUGGAAAAGGUCUGCGCAUGUGUAUUGAUGUGGCACAUAUGCCCAAUGUACGUAUGGGUGGCGGGACCUAGCCGGUUCAGUGCAUAGGUAGUGGGAGGCUGGCUAUUGGCUGGAUCCCCUGUCACUCUUCUCUGUUGAACUUGUGAGGAGGUUUGUCGGAAUGUUACUUUCGCAACAAACAUUUUGUGCCUUUUUCGAAUGUAAACGAACAGGAUGGGUCAUUUGUGUUUUGUGAUGACUGGGUUGUCGUUGUCGUUUUAAUACUUUCCAUUUCAUAACAAAGCGCUGCAUCGGGCCGGCAGUGCAAAUCCUGCAUUAUGUUUCUCAGAUCUAGACCUAAUACAGUGUUUUCAGUGCAUGCUUAAACAUGCAAACCAAGAGUUGUCUCCAACUAGGUCCUGCUCAGAGUAGACCCACUGAAAUUAAUAGACUGCAUUAGUCAUGUUCAUUAACUUUGGUGAAUAUACUCUUGAGUAGAAAUAGCACAGGCUACAACUCCCAAGUGUUUUGGGAGAAGUAUUGUAGAAAGAUGCUGAGAGUUCUUAA